GAUAUUUUUCGUGAAUUCUGAGUGAAAUAAAGUGGUCGGAUACACGCCUCCAGUAGAUUAAACUGAGUUCAAUUCAGAAAACUAAACGAAAGGAUCAAACUAACGAACAAAAAUCACACUUUGUGAAGACGUGAGUAACCGCGAUGAAAAGUGCAAAGCUGCAGGCAGCCCUCGCCAAACGCCGAGAAGCCGACCAGAUCAAGUUCCAGAAGUCGGCAGCCGUCGAACGGUACUAUGAUCAGUGGAGUCGUAUCACUUCGCGAUUUGAAUCGUGGAAUUCCCCGCAAUUUUAUCGCCAAGCGGAGGAAGCUGCACGUCAGCGUGAGGAGACUGAAAAACGGGAAGCCGCAAUCAACGAGCGACGUGAAAAGUUGAGGGAAAAGUUGCAACAGGAAAAGGAUGAUUUCCAGCAAGAGAUUAAAGAGAAGUUCCGUCCCAAACCAAAACCCAUUCCAACCGAACUUCUGGAGGGAGUCCGUUCGCGUCUGAACGACGUCGAAGAAGCGAAACGCCGCAUGGACCUGGAAGCUCGACUCUACACCAAAUGGCGCAUGGGAUACGAUCGAGACGACGUCAUAUUGAACUCGAAAAAUCCCAACCAAGCGAUGGCCAAACUGAACUGGCUUGAUCGCCAAGUUGAACUGCAACUGCAGAACGAGAAGGAUCGGAAAGAAAACCAAGAACGAGAAAUUCGCUUACACGAGGAAGCACGACGUCACGAAGAGCUACUUCUGGAGAAGAAUAAACUGAGGGAGCAGCAGAUUAAAGAGCUGAGAAAUCACCAGGAAACUCACAUGAAAGAACUGAAAACCAGGGAACAGGAAAUGAACGAACUGAAAAUCUAUGAAAUGCGACUUCGCACUAAGAAGGAGGAAUUCGUGAAAGAGCUUGAACAACUGCGAGUUUACAACGAUCGACGUCGUGAUCGGGUCGUAGCGAUGCACAACUUGAGGCGCAUCAAAAUGUUGCUUCGCGAUCGGUCGGAAGCGGUUCGUAACGAUCUGAAGCACGAUCUGCAGCUACUGCAGAGAAUAGCCAUUGACAAUCCGGAGUCGAAUGAAAGCAUCGAUUAUCUGCGAAAGAAGUUUCAGCUGCAAUAUGAUUUGGAGAUCGAUCAGCAAACGGCGAUCGAGACGAUGUACGAAUCGGAAGCCAAGCAUAACCUUUCCAAGUGGGAAGACAAAUGGAAUGAAGAAGCACUGAUCAGAGAACAGCAGUUGAGAUGCUUGUUGGAAGAUCGCAUAAUUGAUUUCGAGACCAAACUGGUGGACAGUAUUCAACGGCAACGUGAUCUUAUCGACGUUCGUGAAACUCACAUAAAAGCUAUAGAAAGUUCAAAUCAACAAUUGAAAGAAUUGAUGAGCGAAAAGGUGAGAGAUUCGACAGUCGUCGGUUCGUCGAAUCAGGUACGGGAGUUGUUGGUGCAACAGGAUGCGGUGCGGAUGAACGAUAGCAGACCGUCGACACAGAAUUCGCACCGUAGUUCCACAUUUAGCAGUAUCUUUCCAUUUGACGACCUGAGUGUACGGGAUUUGAAAUUGUGCGAACGUAAGGUAACUCCGGAUCCGGAUGAAACGGCGGCACUAUCGGCUCCAAAAUUUGGCCGAAAGAAAGUGGCUUGGUGCUAGUGAAGGAACAGGUAUGUAUGGUUGCUGCUGAUGAGAGUGUGUAUUGAAUUACGCAUGGAUAUUUUUAGUUUGUAAGCCAAUAUAAAUAACUCCAAAAGACUAAUAGUGUGCUACGAAUUUCCCAGUGCCUUGGAGCAUUUAGGUUUCCAAAUUUGG